ACAAUCCACUUUUGUUGUUCUUCCACAUGUUUAGUGAUUUUGUUAGGCGAAUUUGGGAUUUUAAUUUGGUUUUAAUAGUUUUUUUUUGUUUAAAAACCUAAAUUUCGCUUAAAAAUGCAGACCAUACGCGAGUUCACGCGUAAAACAAAGCGUGGCAACAUUCUAAAGAUCGUACGUGAGCAUUAUCUACGUGAUGACUUGGGAUGUGGUGCAGAGAUAUGCGAAAAUUGUGUGCAGGACGAAACUUCUGUGGCUUUACUUCCUGAGCGCGAAGUAAAAAGCACAUUAUUCCCUUUCCCGCACUAUAUUGUGUUGGAUACAAAUGUUGUGCUGAAUCAAAUCGAUGUGCUGGAGGAGGAUGCUAUAUCCAAUGUGAUUGUAUUGUCUACGAUGUUGAAUGAGGUUAAGCAUAAUAGCAGUGCGGUUUACAAACGAUUCCGCGAUGUUGUGCAGCAUAAGACGCGUGGUUUUUACGUAUUCGUAAAUGAGCAUCACAAGGACACUUAUGUUGAACGUGAGCCCGGUGAGAGUGCUAAUGAUCGUAAUGAUCGCGCUAUAAGAAAAGCCACACUCUGGUAUGAUGUCCACAUUGGGGAGGCACAAAAUAGUCGUGCUUUUCAAAAGUCAGGACGCCCACGCACCCGGGUGGUGAUGAUAACGGAGGAUGCCGCCAAUAGGGAGCGCGCUGAAAAGGAGGGUAUACUAGUAGCAAAUGCCGAGGAGUAUGUAAAAUCGUUAACUGACUUUCCAAUGUUAAUUGAUAAGUAUGCCCGUAAGAAUUUCGAAAGCGAUAAGAAGACAUUGCCCAUCUUUCCAACACACUUGAGUAUAAACGAUAUACAUGACGGCAUUAAGGCGAAACGACUGCUGCAGGGCUCUUUUCAGGCGUCUCGUGAGAAUUAUCUAGAAGGAGCGGUAUCGGUCGAAGGUUUCGAACAUCCGGUACUUAUACAAGGCCGUGAAGCACUAAACCGUGCUGUUGACGCUGAUAUUGUGGCUAUUGAGCUCUUACCUCAAGAAGAAUGGUCAGCUCCAAGUGAAAUUGUUUUGGAAGAAGGCGUUGAUGAAGAUCCGGGGGAUAAUGUAGAACGCACAGCCAAAGAAAAAGUCGUUUUUGAAAAGAAUCGCGGGAAAAGAGAAGAGAUUCGCCCUACAGGCAAGGUGGUAGGCAUAAUCCGCCGCAAGUGGCGUCAAUACUGCGGUAUAUUACAACCCAGUCUGUUGGAAAACACAUCACGCCAUAUAUUCAUUCCUGCGGAUCGUAAAAUUCCACGCGUACGCAUAGAAACGCGUCAGGCAGAGCAACUGCUGAAUAAGCGCAUAAUAGUAGCUAUUGAUUCUUGGCCACGCACAUCACGCUAUCCGCAUGGCCAUUUCGUACGCAGCCUUGGACCGCUGGGCGAUGUGAACACCGAAAAUGAGGUGAUACUCCUGGAGCACGAUGUGCCGCAUAGCAAAUUCUCCGAGGAGGUGCUGAGUUUUCUACCACAAAUGCCAUGGAUCAUUACACCGGAGGAUUACGAAAAGCGUGUCGAUUUACGCGAUUUGAAUAUUUGCUCUGUGGAUCCGCCAGGUUGUACGGAUAUUGAUGACGCUCUACAUUGUCGCGAACUGCCUAAUGGACGUUUAGAAGUAGGCGUACAUAUCGCUGAUGUGAGUCACUUCAUUCGUCCUGGCAACGCGUUGGACAAGGAGUCAGCGUCACGUGGUACCACGGUUUAUUUGGUAGGCAAACGUAUUGACAUGGUACCGGAACUAUUGAGUUCCAAUUUGUGUUCGCUAGUAGGAGGUGAAGAACGUUUUGCUUUCUCUUGUAUUUGGGAACUGGACAAUGAGGCGAAUAUAUUAACGAAACGUUUUCACAAAAGUGUUAUCAAAUCCAAGGCAGCGAUGACAUACGAGCAGGCGCAAAUUAUUAUUGACGAUACAACGCAGCAAACGGAAAUCGCCAAAUCUCUUAGAAAUCUCAAUAAACUGGCGAAAAUAUUGAAGAAGCGACGUAUGGACAAUGGCGCUUUGGUGCUAGCGUCACCGGAGAUACGUUUCCAAGUCGAUAGUGAGACGCACGAACCACUCGAAGUAGAGGCAAAACAAGUGCGUGAAACGAAUUCCAUGGUUGAAGAAUUCAUGUUGUUAGCCAACUGCACAGUGGCUGAACAUAUAUGUACCGAGUUUCCGGAAUGCGCCAUGUUACGCAGGCAUCCGCGGCCAGCGCCAAGCAAUUUCGAACCACUUAUUAAAGCGGCGAAUCAUCAAGGCUUUGAAAUUAAAAUUGAUUCAGGAUUGGAAUUGGCUGGCUCAUUGGAUGCUUGUGUGAAGCCAGAUAAUGCAUAUUUUAAUACAAUGAUACGUAUUCUGACGACACGUUGCAUGAUGCAGGCAGUUUACUUUAUUAGCGGCACACUGCAACCAGAGGAAUUUUUCCAUUACGGGUUGGCGACACCGAUUUACACACAUUUUACAUCGCCAAUUCGAAGAUAUUCGGACAUCAUUGUGCAUCGCCUCUUGGCUGCUUCUAUAGGCGCUGAUAGUACAUAUGCUGACCUACUCGAUAAGAAAUUGAACGAAGAGUUGUGUCAUAAUCUAAAUUACCGACACAAGAUGGCACAAUAUGCGGGACGUGCAUCAGUUGCGCUAAAUACGCAUUUGUUCUUCCGUGGAAAAACUCAGGACGAAGAAGGUUAUGUGCUGUUUGUACGAAAAAAUGCAUUACAAGUGCUUAUACCAAAAUUCGGUUUGGAAGGUACUGUAUAUCUGAAUUCGUUAUCCGGCGAUAAAGCGGCCACACCAGGCGGUGUAGUGUUCAAGUUUAACGAGGAGGAUUAUACACAACGUUGUGGAGAUGUCGUUUUUCAUGCGUUUGAUCCAGUAACUGUACGUUUGAGUUUGGAUUCGCGUAAUGUACAACAUGAGAAGCUGGUUUUCCAAUUGGUUAAACCUUAUAUAAAAGGCUUCAGCGCCGAAUCGCCGUUUGAUGUGGAAAUGUCGGACGCAAAGGCAACAGAGGAAGCUCCGCCCCAAAAGAAAAGCAAGAAAUCACAGAAGAAAAAACCAUAAUUUCUUGAUAAACUUUAUUAUAUAUAUAUAUAUAUUUUUUUCUAAUAAACAAAAGUCGCAAGUACAUACGUGCAAAAAUUAAAAACGAAAA